GGCGCUGGUGGCGGCGGCUUCGGCACGGGCCCAGGCCCCGAGCGCCCGAGCAGCAUGGCUGACAAAAAUGGAGCUCUCAAGUGCACCUUCUCAGCUCCCGGCCAUAGCACCAGCCUCCUGCAGGGCCUUGCUGCCCUCCGUGCCCAGGGCCAGCUGCUGGACGUUGUACUCACCAUCAACAGAGAGACCUUCCACGCACACAAGGUGGUCCUGGCUGCCUGCAGCGACUACUUCAGGGCCAUGUUCACGGGUGGCAUGAGGGAGGCGAGCCAGGACGUCAUCGAGCUGAAGGGUGUGUCCGCCCGUGGCCUACGGCACAUCAUCGACUUUGCCUAUAGUGCCGAGGUGACGCUAGACCUGGACUGCGUGCAGGACGUGCUGGGCGCGGCCGUGUUCCUGCAGAUGCUGCCCGUGGUGGAGCUGUGCGAGGAGUUCCUUAAGGCCGCCAUGAGUGUAGAGACCUGCCUGAACAUUGGCCACAUGGCCACCACCUUCAGCCUGGCCUCGCUCAAGGAGUCCGUGGAUGCCUUCACCUUCCAGCACUUCCUGCAGAUCGCGGAGGAGGAGGACUUCCUGCACCUCCCGCUGGAGCGCCUCGUCUUCUUCCUGCAGAGCAAUCGGCUGCAGAGCUGUGCGGAGAUCGACCUGUUCCGUGCAGCGGUCCGCUGGCUGCAACACGACCCGGUCCGGCGGCCGCGCGCCAGCCACGUGCUCUGCCACAUCCGCUUCCCGCUCAUGCGCUCGUCGGACCUGGUGGACAGCGUGCAGACGCUGGACAUCAUGGUGGAGGACGUGCUGUGCCGGCAGUACCUGCUGGAGGCCUUCAACUACCAGGUGCUACCCUUCCGGCAGCACGAGAUGCAGUCCCCACGCACGGUUGUGCGCUCCGACGUGCCCUCCCUGGUGGCCUUUGGGGGCACGCCCUACACCGACAGCGACCGCUCUGUGAGCAGCAAGGUGUACCAGCUGCCUGAGCCGGGCGCCCGCCACUUCCGGGAACUCACCGAGAUGGAGGUGGGCUGCAGCCACACGUGUGUGGCCGUCCUCGACAACUUUGUGUACGUGGCCGGGGGCCAGCACCUGCAGUACCGCAGCGGCGAGGGCGCGGUGGACGCCUGCUACCGCUACGACCCGCACCGGAACCGCUGGCUGCGCCUUCAGGCCAUGCAGGAGAGCCGCAUCCAGUUCCAGCUGAACGUGCUUUGCGGCAUGGUGUACGCCACGGGUGGCCGCAACCGGGCGGGCAGCCUGGCCUCGGUCGAGCGGUACUGCCCGCGGCGCAACGAGUGGGGCUACGCCUGCUCUCUGAAGCGCCGUACCUGGGGCCACGCGGGUGCCUCGGCAGGGGGCCGCCUCUACAUCUCCGGCGGCUACGGCAUCUCCGUGGAGGACAAGAAGGCGCUGCACUGCUACGACCCUGCCACCGACCAGUGGGAGUUCAAGGCACCCAUGAGCGAGCCCCGCGUGCUCCAUGCCAUGGUGGGGGCCGGCGGCCGCAUCUAUGCCCUUGGGGGCCGCAUGGACCACGUCGACCGCUGCUUUGAUGUGCUGGCGGUGGAGUACUAUGUGCCUGAGACAGACCAGUGGACCAGUGUGAGCCCCAUGCGGGCCGGCCAGUCGGAGGCUGGCUGCUGCCUGCUGGAUAGGAAGAUCUAUAUCGUGGGGGGCUACAACUGGCGCCUCAACAACGUCACGGGCAUCGUGCAGGUGUACAACACGGAGACGGAUGAGUGGGAGCGCGACCUGCACUUCCCAGAGUCCUUCGCGGGCAUCGCUUGUGCCCCUGUCCUGCUGCCCCGGUCAGGGACCAGGAGGUAGCUCCUGGCACCCCGGGAGCUGGGCCAGCCUCAGGCUGUCUCUGUAAGGGGUGUGCUGAGCACACACUGGGGCCGAGAGCCACAGAACCACCCCUGGUCUGUGGCUGAUGUGGUGGGGGCUGACGCCUUGGGGCCUGCUGCAUUGAUAAGGCCCCCUCCUGGGGUCCCUCCUUCUUUCCCGGAGCAGAUCCUGGCUUUGUGCCCACUGAGGGAGGCUGCCAGUGAUGAGGCUGACGUGUCGUGGCAGCAGAGUCACACCUGAGGAGGUUUCUUUACCUGCCCCAUGACCCCGCUCAUGGAGGGAAUCGGGGUCUCCUUUGAGAUGUGGUUGUGUGGCUUUGCCCCAUUUCCCUCCUCUCCCAGCUUGGGGGCCUCAGACAUUUGGAUAUGAGCUCCUUAACGUCGAUCCCCAAAUCCCUGGUUUGCGCCCUGCCCCCCCUCCCAAGUUUCUUGCACCAUCUAUUUUUUAAAAUAAACGCCACCCCCAAACUCUAACAUAUGGACCUCCAGGAGCUGGUGAGGUGGCAGGGAAGCACCCAGCUCAGGGUUGACCUCAAGGGUGGG